AGUUUCACCCCAGGUAGGUUGGAGUCGGGUUGUACGGGAAGAUGGAGCCAUUGAGGUUGAUCUGGAGCUGGCGGUUGGCCUCCUUGGUGUUGGGGUGGUUUUGGCAGUGCUCAGCUUCAGUCUCCAUCUCUUGAGAUAUGUUUCAAGUUGGACCAUAUCUGUCGAGAGUGUCUCCUUUACCUUGGUCUAGUUGCUGUCAGCAUAAAGCCCUACAGCUGUAAGUGCACCCCGGGCCCUUCACUUGUUCCCUAAGUCCCCAGGGUGCAUGCUGAGAUUUCACAGAUGUAUAGAUUUACUGCACUCACACGAGGCUAGUAAAAUGGCAGAACUUGCAGAAUAGUGCACUAGAUAGGGAAUAAGGUGUGACUGUAGACUACUAGACACUAUUUGGUUGCUUCUUAUAUGAGAAAAACAUGCACGCGUGCACACAGUUUCAGGGUUGUGUGUGUGUGUGUGUGUGUGUGUGUGUGUGUGUGUGUGUGUGUGUGUGUGUGUGUGAGAGAGAGAGAGAAAAGCUGAGUCACACGUGUGAUCUGAGGUUUUACUGAAAGUCACUCAUGCUUUUCAGUCUUCGGAAAUCUGAAGCUAGAUCAGGGUUCUUCACUUCCUGUUUUCAUAGCUGUGCUCAGUGUUCAGUUCCUGCACAGAACGUUUAUGGGUUCCCCAGGGGGACAGACCAAAGAACCGUUUAGGACUGCAGUUUCAGCGUUUUAUUCUGAAGGUGUCACCUCCAAAAGGGUUCUUUGGCUUUAUAGAGAGGUAACUGGAGGGAGGGAUGGAGGUAUGGAUGGAUAGAUGAUUAAACAACUGGAUGGAUGAAAAGAUUGACAAGAGGACCACUGGAUGAAUGUACAGAUGGAGAGAUGGACAAAUAAAGGGGUGGUUGAAUGGAUGGAUUGAUGAAUAGAUGGCUGGAAUGAAGAACAGUGAGAUGGAUGUAUUUGUAAAUGGAGGGCUCCAUAGAAAGUUGGAUGGAUGGAUGGUGUGAGGGUGGAUGAAAGGAUGAAUGAACUGUGAAAUGGUUAUAGUUGGAUUGAUGAAUUAAUGGCUGAUUAGAAAAACAGGAAUGGAUAAAUAGAGGGCUGCAUACAAUGAUGGAUGGAGGGGAAACUCGAAUUAUUAAGCAUUCAAAGACUCCCCACACUGUACUGGUGAUGAUGGUAAAGAGCAGUGAGUGUGACUCUCACUUAGCCAAGUGCACUUCUCUCGUGAGAAAGUGUUCUCCUGAGUGUGGACUUGUUGUAGCAUUCCGUGUCGUUUCAGGAUUCCUAGCCAGAUGUGUGGAGGACAAUCCCAGAGUGAUCCUGCAUUUUGACAUGGACUGUUUCUACGCCCAGGUGGAGAUGAUCCGUAAUCCAGGCCUGCGCUCCAAACCUGUGGGAGUGCAUCAGAAGUACCUUCUCGUCACCUGUAACUACGUGGCGAGGGCGCAGGGUGUGGCCAAGAUGAUGUUCGUGAAGGAGGCUGUGGAGAAGUGUCCUGACCUGGUGUUGAUCAGAGGAGAAGAUCUCACUGUCUACAGAGAGAUGUCCUACAAGGUCACAGAGCUGCUGAUGUCGUACUGCCCCCUGGUGGAGAGGCUGGGCUUAGACGAGAACUUUGUGGAUGUGACGGAGAUGGUGGAGAGCAGGAGGAGGAACACAGACGUCUCUGAGCUCUCCUUCGUGGGUCACAUCUACGGACACGAUGUCUCUAACGUGGCCAUACAGGACCACGUGAGUCUGGCUCUGGGCUCAGUGAUAGCGUGUGAGCUGCGGGAGGUGCUGUUCUCCAGACUGGGCCUGACUUCCUGUGGGGGCGUGGCUAACAGCAAGCUCUUAGCUAAACUGGUGUCCGGGACGUUCAAACCCAACCAGCAGACCACACUGCUGCCUCACAGCAUCUCCCAGCUGAUGAGCAGCCUGAGCGGACUGAGCAAAGUCCCAGGAAUCGGUCCCAAGACAGCUGAGAGACUGAAGGCUCUGUGUGUGUUCAGUGUGAGAGACCUGCAGCUUUUCCCUCUCAGGCGGUUGGUGUGUGAGUUUGGAGAAGUGAACGCUAAACGCAUGCAGAGCCUUGCCUGUGGCGUCGACCUUUCACCUGUCACCCCCGCCGGCCCCCCACAGUCUCUGAGUGAUGAGGACUCAUUUAAGAAAAUCUCCACGCUGAGUGAAGCGGAGAGUAAAAUCACGGAGCUGCUGCUCAGCCUGAGCAAGAGAAUGCGUAAGGACAGCAGGCUGCCUCAGACACUGAAGCUGAGUCUGAGACGGAGCGGCGCACUGAGCCGAGAGAGCAGACAGAGUCCUAUUCCUACACACACUGCACACAGGAUCAUUAACGGCUGCCCAGAGGCGGUGCCUCAGCUGGUUUCCAUAGCGAUGAAGCUGUUACACAAACUGGUGGAUAUCAGAGAGCCAUUUCACCUGACGGUGCUGAGCAUGUGUUUUACCAACCUGCAGGCCAAAAUGUCCAACAGGAAGACCAUCAGCUCCUUCUUCAGCCCCACACACACCUCCUCACACACACACACCUCCUCACACACACACACCUCCUCACACAGUGUGUGUGAUGCUCCUUCCAGCUUUACACAACCUGAAACUCUGUGUGGAACAAUGAACCCACAGAACAUCAAAGACUCAUCAUCAUCAUCAUCAUCUCCAUUUAUCCAGGAGCCAAUCAGACCCGGUUCCUCUGUGCCUUCUGUUCAGGAAUGCUCUGAUCCCAGCAGCGUUCCCACACCAGAUUCCAUAACCUCCGUCACCAUUCCAGCCCUCCCCCCUGACGUAGACCCGGAGGUGUUCAGAGCUCUCCCACAGCACAUCCAGAUGGAGCUCAUGUCCAGCUUCCAAGAAGAUUCUAUGAAGAGACAGGAACGUCACAGCGAGCCAGCUCCACCCACGGCACACGCUGAUGAUGUCAUCGCCCAGCGCUGCAGUGAAACAGAGAAACUGAGUGACGUCAGCAUUGUGCAGUAUGAACCCAGUAGCCCUGAUGUUCCUGACGUUCCUCCUAACGUAGAUCCGUACGUGUUCUCCCAGCUUCCCCCGGACAUGCAGACAGAACUGCGUACAGAGUGGAGGCGGAGCAAACUCGCACUCAAAAUGUCACCCAAACACGCGGGCAGACGCACGACGUCGUCUCGAGAUAAGAGAGUUGCAGUGAUGCGCUCUCGCAGCAGCAGCCUGCUCAAGUACUUCAAACCCUCAUCAGAUAAACACUCAUGAAAAUGCGCUGGUGAAAUACUUCACUCAGCCGUGUGUGUACAUUCAGAAUUUUUAAUAAAAAUGUUUUGUUAAUAAAACAAAAAGAUGACAUCAUG